GCUGUACGCGUCGACCUGCCAAGCUUGUGGCAAGUGUGUCGGUGGGAGUGUGUGCCGUGGUGGUGGUGGCGUUGAGUGCUGUGGGGCUGCCGACCAGAGGCUGCUGGCUGACCCGUAAGGGACUGUGUUAGUGUAGGUCUUCACAUAAUGGCGGGAGUUAUCGAACUGAUUCUAGAAAGAGACGGACAUGAUCAACCCUGGGGUUUCAGACUUCAGGGUGGUGCCGACCUGGCCAUGCCACUCUCCGUUCAGAGGGUGCUGGUGGGCACGCCGGCAGACGGAAUGCUGCGCAAGGGGGACGUCAUCACUAGAAUCAGCUGCACCGAGACCAAAAACAUUACACACCAACAGGCGGCAGAUUUGUUCAAUAGCGCAGGGAACCAGAUCGCCGUCCAACUCAAAAGGGCGGGCGUGCAGUCAGCCCCGGUUGCCUCAGCCUCAACCUCAGCGCCGCUCGUGAACGGCAGUCCGGUCCCCACCCCUGUCCCAGUGCCAGUGUCCGGCGGAGUGCCACUCCCAGGCAUUGCCAAUCCCACCUUAGCGCGGUCAGAGAACCCUGCUGUAAAAGCCCUUCCCAAGACACAGUUCUCUCUCAAGACUCACUUCGCAAAGCAGCAGAAGCCACAACCCACCAAUCUGGAUACGUUGUCUAUCCAAACCCAGCCAUACCGCACGCUGCCCCUCCUGCAGCCCUCCGCUAAGCCACGCACCGACUUGGGUGUGAGUACCAUCAGUCAUCUCGGGACGCAGGAAGAUUACUUCACGAUGCCGAAGGAGCCACAGUACGUGCCUCUGCCCCAGGCCGCAACGGUCAUGGCCAAGCAGGACGAAUUUUUGAUGAAACAAAAGGUUACUGGUACUUUACAACACAUUCAGCAGGCGCAGAAUACUGCAGCGGCAACGCCACAGUUGCCUCCUGGUAUUCAAGUGAAGCAGUAUAACACCCCGCUGCCACUAUACUCUCAAGAAAACGUGCAAGAGGCCAUCAAGAUGCAAGCCUCUCAUGGAAUGAGCCCCAUCAACCCGGGAAUUCUUCCUGCCGGUGAUGACCCCCCCAAGGCUCAGAGAAAAACGAGCUCCUCAAAUACCGCAAACAAGCCUGCGCAGGUGAUCCUCACCCCUUCCAAAGAGUAUAACCCUCAAACAAGUGCCACCUGGCGGGCGCUGCAGGAGACUGAUCCCGCUGUUGACCCGGAGAAGAUUGCUAACUAUUCCUCCCUCAAAGAACAUGAUCCCAUCUACUCUGAGGUCUAUAAGGCACCGGCUGCCCCCAAGCCAGGCCAGCGGCCGCCACCCAGGACCAACGCGCAGCCCGGGCCACGUUCCCCAGUUGCAGAUCUCCUUCCCAGCGCUUUGCGGCCAGCGGGAGAAGGUGAAGUUAGUCCUCCACCGAGUGUGGUCAGCCCAGACAAGAGCGGCGCCUCCGCUGUUCUCUCAGCCACGCUGGCCGAAAGCAAACCCAUCAAUCACCAGAUGACGCAAGACCCUGUCAAAAUCCCCAUGUACGAGACCAACUCCAUCGGGGGGAGAAAGAGAAUCGCCCAGACGGCCUCCUUCAAUAAGCUCAUGAUGGAGGUGCUCGGGGAGUGAAGACGCUGCUUCUCACAAGCAACAGCAACAACAACAACAACAACAACAACAACAACCAUCCCUCUGUGUUCCGACAUCUGCCCACCACUUCAUACAUAACGAAAUGUUGUUCUGUCAUUGUAACGGAGCGGCUGAUGUUAAAACUGCGACCAUCUCGAACGAACUAUCUUUAUUUUUUUAAUCGAUGGGGUGACUACGCCUUAGAUAAUAUAUAUUUUGAGAAUGCAUCCCAGCCAGCGCCACACCACACCAUUUGCCUGACUUUCCUGCCACUGGGAGGAAUCUGGCCCGCUAUCUGCCCUCUAGCUCAAGAUAGAAGGGGAGGAUCACCCGCUCCGCUGGAAUAAGACGCCAGCAAACUUGAGUGUGUUGCUCUAAGUCUGCUUCUUUAUUGUGCUACGUGUUCACUGGAUGAUAUACGAUGAAAUAUAUUUUUUUGAGAUUUGUGCCAGCCUUGUAUGUCUAGAUAGAUGAUCAGAUAAUGAAUGAAGUUACCCAAAUUUUAGAGAAUAUUGCUGGGAAAAUGUUGUCCCAGUAAAGAUAGAGAGAUAAGAAUGGCUGUAAUUGAUUCCGGUGACGAGGAUGUUCUGGGCCACGUCUCGAGAGGCACUCGACCGUCUGCUGCACUCUCUGACCUGACUGAGCUACCUUGGUUCUCACUUUCUUUUUCACUCAAAAUUGAUGAGGAAAGAUCAGUUCCACAAGAAAAAAAAAAAAAAAUGUGCAAAAAGUGACCAGAAUGCCUCUGUUGACUAUGGCUCUGUGUGACCAGAAGGAAGCUCCUGAAGGGAACACCCAAUUCUCGUUACGAUAUGAGGUUUGCGUGUGAAGGGGUCGUGAUGUCCUGGUGUGGCUCUUGCUCUUGUUCGCAUCGCAGCCCCUCAGCUUGGACGGGGCACCGAUAAUGGGUGUCAAGUCACCCCUUAAACGACUUAUCUUAUCUUUAUUUUUAUUGUAAGUGGGAUGCUGUGGCUAGUUUGUUGAUGUUAUAUAUUUCUAUAUUAUAUCGGUCUUUCCCUCCGACACCUCACGAGCAAAAAGAGCUCUAUAAUGUUAGUCUAAGAAGAGAGAGUAUCACCAAGACUUGCAUACUGGUGCCAAUGUUAGAAAUUCAUCAACAGGCUGCGUUUACUGUUAAGUUUUGACUUCUAGAAGUUUAUAGAUAUUCAUAGAUAUCGUUGUGACUGAGCAAUGACAGUAUCUACUUCAUUUGGCUUCUUGUGAGGUACAACUCUGCCUGCAUUGUUUGCCCAAAAAGCAGUGUCACUACCAAAUCAUAUUCAAAGGAAAUAGUAGUUACUGUUUUCAUCAUGUUCUCUCUCGUGCCCCUUCACUACCCUGUUGUCUGUCACGUGAAUAUUGUGUAAUUAUAGGCAAUCGAUUUCGUUAUAUUUAAAGUAAUACAGAAAUAUUCAAAUUCUAUUUUCCAUUAUCCUGUUCUGUAAUUUUGAGGUCACCUUUGCUCUGUUGGUGUUAUGAGGGACCAUUGCCCUCAGCUGGAGCGACCGCGCUCCUACCCACUGUUACGUCAGACGAUGCUCAGUGCCACUUAAGCCUUAUCUUGAGCCUUAUCUGGUGUCAUAGUAGCUUGAACAGCCCACUUUCAAGUUCUGCCUUAUCCGCCUGACGCCUGAAGAGUGUUAUAACAUAUGAUAGCAGUCGCAUUUGUCGCCAGUGUGCAUGGCUGUGAUGAAGGCAAGUACUGUCAGAGGCUCCGUACACCACUGACAAUGAUGCCCGUUACCGUGCGAAUGCUCGGAUCGAAAAACCUGAGAGAAUGGCUCAAGUCUGUCAUUUUAUGGCCAAAACCUCUCUACACCGGAUGUAGGACUCGCUUGCUCGACCCGCGAAGGUUACUUGAAGCCAGUUUAUAACAUAGUGGUGUUAUUCCAUGAGACUCCCGGCUCGCGCCGCGUCAGGGAUGACAGGAGGUCGUGGUGGCACUGGUCGUCACAUGACUGUCCAACUCGAGCUUAAUAUUCAAAUUACUUUGGGAAUGUUCUCUUCAGGAUGACAAUAUCUUAGCUAUUUUGAAAACAACUGUACAGUUAAUGAGUGUUAAUAAAGGAUAACCACAGACAA